ACAGACGGACACAGUGAGACACACACAGACGUCGACCCCCCCUCCGCCACGGUAGCGCACAGGUUUCCCCUGCUCACUGCUGCCCAAUGAGACGGCGGCUCCCCCCAUCUCAAGGCUCGUGGUGAUCAGGGACGGGGUCACAGGGGGAGGAGGAGGAGGUGCAGGAAGAGGAGGAGGAGGUGCAGGAAGAAGAGGAGGAGGUGCAGGAGAUGGAAGCAGCGGAGUAGAGAAUGAGCACCUCGGAUUAACACGGUCGGCUACGCACGGUGCGUACGAAGAUCAAGAUACUGCACACACGGUAAAAGGGAGGAUAGAGGGGGAGGAGGAGAGGAGGAAGAGGAGGAAGAGGAGAAGAAGGGAGGAAGAGGAGGAGGAGAUAGAGGAGGUGCUCUCUGGAUGACUGAGACCCCCUCGCCAGCAGUACCCAUGGGCUAUGAACAUCGUCCAUUGGGCUCCCCUUCCUCCUCCUCCUCCUUCGUGCUCUCCACGAUGGACGACGAGAAGAGCCUGGCCCCACGCGGAGCCAGCGACACCAAGACUCUGUGGUCACGCCAGGAGCUGCGCCUGUGGGUGGCCGUGCUGUUCUGCGGGAACUGCCUGCUGUACUGCGCACGAGCCGCGCCGGCCGUCUGCGCCGUGGUGCUGAGCGCUCGCUUCGGCUGGGACAAGGCGCAGGCAGGCACCAUGCUGGGCAGCUUCUUCUGGGGCUACGCGCUCACGCAGAUCGUCGGGGGCCACCUGAGCGACAGGAUUGGUGGAGACAAGAUGAUCUGCCUGUCGAUGGGCUCGUGGGGGCUGGUCACGCUCAUGAUGCCUGUGGUGGCGCACCUCAGCGAGCAGCCGCUGCCUCAGCUCAUCUUCGUCCGCUUCUGCACGGGCUUCCUGCAGGGGGUCCACUUCCCCUCAAUGUCGAGCCUGUUCAGCUCGCGCGUGCCCGAGAGCGAGCGGGCCUUCAUCGCCAGCACCGCCUGCUCCGGCUCGCACUUCGGGGCUCUCGUGGUAGGUGGUAUCGGGUACCUGCUGCUGGAGGCCUAUGGGUGGGAGUCUCUGUUCAUCCUCACCGGACUCAGCUCCAUGGUCUGGGCCUACCUCGUGUGGAGGUUUCUCAUCCAGAAGAGAGGCAACGUCAUCGCCAUGCAGUCGCUCUACAGCAGCCUGUGGCCUACAACCCCGGGGAAGUCUCCCGUGCCGUGGGGGAGAAUCCUCACCAAGCCGCCGGUGUGGGCCGUGAUCAUCGCUCACUUCUGCCUCAACAACUGCUUCUACAUCAUGCUGUCGUGGCUACCCACCUACUUCCACGAGACCUUCAAGGACUCCAAGGGCUGGGUGUUCAACGUCGUUCCCUGGCUCGUCUCCAUCCCCAUGGCGAUGCUGAGCGGAUACCUCGCCGAUCUCCUCAUCCGCCUCGGGGUGAACACGGCGACUGUGCGCAAACUCAUGCAGGUCGUCGCCCUGGGUAACUCGUGCCUGUUUGCGAGCAUCAUGUGCCGCACGGAGAGCUUCUCACUGGCCCUGCUGUUCGCCGCCAUCUCCAUUGGAUCGCAGUCCUUCCACCUGAGUGGCGUGUCGGUCAACGUGCAGGACCUGGCUCCCUCUUGCUCCGGUGCGCUCUUUGGAAUCAUGAACACUGCGGGCGCAUUGCCGGGCUUCUUCGGGGUGUACGUGGCAGGGUACUUGGUGCAGACCACGGGCUCCUGGACGUCGGUGUUCAACUACCUGACGGCCGUCAACAUCUUCGGCCUGUCCUUCUUCCUCGUCUUCGGCAAGGCCAAGAGAAUCGACCUGUGACGACGGUGACGACGGUGACGAGGGUGGCCCACUGUUCCGCCCAUUCAUCAUCGACCCAUCCUCGUUACGGCUCACCCACGCUCGGCCAUCCUCUUCACGCUUCCCUCUUUCUCCUCUUCCUCCCUCCCCCGCCCCCUCCUCCCGUCCACCCCACCACUCCCCUCGCCGUGUCUUCGCUCGUCUUUUCUGCGACGGUGGAGGAGCUGCGGACUGAUGGAACCGAACGAUCGCGACCGAACAAAACGGCAGGUCCACGGCGUCGCAAAAUCCGUCCACCCGGCCACCGCGCCGUCCUCGCCCGGUGACUCUGGGACGUUUACUUGGCCGUCCAGUUUUCAGUCUUUGCCACGGUGCUUUAUUUUCCGCAGGAACCUCCUUUGCCGAGCGGGUGCGGCAGGACAGGGGAGAUGAUCCUCUCUUCUGUCUCUCUGUCUCUCUGUCUCUUCUGUCUUUUCUGUCUCUCUGUCUCUCCGUCUCUCUGUCUCUCUGUC